UGGAGGAGGGGUAGGAGGAGGGAGGCUGGACGCUCGCCGCUGGGACAUUUAACGCUCGUCGUUUAUAAAUAGAUUAGAGAAUUCUCUUAUUCUCCAGCAUCAGUCGAAACAGAACAGACGCUGCUUCCGCUGUGUGGCAGAAGAUAGUGCGUGUGCGAGUGUGACCUCCUUGAACCACCGACAAUGUGUGGCAUCUAAUGACGUGGAAAUGUUGAAGAAGCAAGUGUUUUUUGGCCUCCUCCUGGCCUGCGCCUUUGUGUGCAUCUACGGCGAGGAUGAGGUUGUGGAAAAUGAGUAUCAGCCACCGACAGUGCUGGUGGCACUGCUGGUGCGCAACAAGGCGCACAUUCUGCCCAUGUUCCUCAGCUACUUGGAGCAGCAGGACUAUCCCAAGGAACGCAUAGCCUUUUGGCUUCGCUGUGAUCACAGCAGCGAUGACAGCAUUGAUCUGCUAAAGCAGUGGCUGAAACACUCGGGAGAUCUCUAUCACAGCGUGAACUACGACUUUGACAGCGAAGGGCCGCAUGGCUAUCAAAACGAGAGCUCCCCUUACGACUGGACGGUGUCGCGUUUCAAGCAUGUGAUUGCCCUGAAAGAGGAGGCUUUCGCUUAUGGGCGGGAUAUUUGGGCUGACUUUGUGUUUUUCCUCGACGCCGAUGUUUUGCUAACAUCACAGCAGGCACUGCGUACGCUCACAGCCCUAAGGCUGCCCAUUGUGGCGCCCAUGCUGCUGUCGGAGAGCUUGUACUCGAACUUCUGGUGCGGCAUGACGGAGGAGUACUACUACCAGCGCACCGACGAGUACAAGGAGAUCUAUCAUGUGAAGAAGCAGGGCAGCUUCCCGGUGCCCAUGGUCCAUACGGCCGUUCUGGUGGACAUGAACCACAAGGGGUCCCGGAAUCUCACCUUUGAUCGCCAGCGUUUGCGGGAAAUGCAGCAGAAUGAACAGAUAGAACCGCUCUAUGACGGCCCCGCGGAUGAUAUCAUAGUGUUUGCCAUGUCUGCCAAUAGCUCGGGCAUUCCCCUAUAUGUCUGCAAUGAGCUGGUCUUUGGCUACAUCCUGCAGCCGCUGGAGCCAGGGGACACCCUCGACCAGGACCUGCAAAUGCUAUUAAACCUAAGAUCCAGCAUGGUCAGCGAUUUGGGUGCAGUGCCGCCCGUCCUGGACUACUUUCAGCAGCUAAUCACGAAACCCGAAAAAACAAAGCUGACCCUCGAUCAGAUUUUUAUGAUCAAUCUGGACCGUCGGCCGGAAAGACGGCAAAAGAUGGAGAAUCUGUUUGAGGAAAUCGGACUGCAGGUGGAGCACUUUCCCGCCGUCGAUGGCAGGGAACUCAACGCGGAUCGUGUGCAUGAAAUGGGCAUACGAUUCCUGCCCGGCUACGAGGAUCCCUACCAUCAUCGUGCCAUGACCAUGGGCGAGAUUGGCUGCUUUCUCAGCCACUACCGCAUCUGGGUGCGAAUGGUGCAGCUCGAACUGAAGGAAGUGCUCAUCCUCGAGGACGACAUACGCUUCGAUCCGUACUUCCGGGCCAAUGCCGUGCGGGUACUCAAUCAGGCCAGGAGCGUGGUGGAGUACGAUCUCAUCUACUUUGGACGCAAGCGUCUCAAGGAGGAGAGCGAGCCGUGGGUGGCCGAUGCAGACAGUCUCGUUCAUGCCGGCUAUUCCUAUUGGACCCUCGGCUAUGUCCUCUCUCAGCAAGGUGCCCUUAAACUGCUCGCGGCCAAACCACUCGAGAAACUUAUACCCGUUGAUGAGUUCCUGCCGGUGAUGUUCGAUCGCCAUCCCAACAAGACCUGGGCCGCUGCCUUCAAGAAGCGCGACCUUAUCGCCCUGAGUGCCGCCCCACUGCUGCUCUACCCCAUACACUACACCGGAGAAUCUGGCUACAUCUCGGACACGGAGGACUCCCAGCAAAUAAAUGUGCAAACCACUGAGGGGGUGGCGCGUCUGAAGAGCGAUCGCGAGCAAGUGUUUGACAAAAAAGGCGACGAGGGCAUACUCGAGCAGCCGUUAAAGCUGGGCGAGAGUUUGCUUAAUGUGCUGCCAGGCAAAAGCCACCAAGAGCUCUAAGAAGCUCUCUAACGAAUUUUCAAAGAAUUUUAGCAUGCCAAAUGUUUGUAGAUUAAGUUAUCCUUAAAAGAAAAAGCCAAAAACGUGCCUUAAAGCGUAUCCACCAACAGAAAACUAUUCAGCAACGAAUGAUCAAAAAUUAGCUUUAAGUUUUUGUUCUGCUCUCUAGAUAUGAAUAUUUUGUGGAAGUACAAAAUGUGUGUAAACAUAGAAAAAUUAAUAAUUAUUCCUAGCUCCCAGUGCUCUCCCAUUACCCGGCAUAUUGAUGCCCGACACGCACAAGCGAAGGCUGAAAAGAGUACGCCAGAGAAUUGCUAAAACAUAAGUAGAGUACAAUUGAAGCUAGACUCAAAACGCUCAAGAGAAUGCUGAGAAAGUGAAUCCCGGAGAAUUGCAAAACAAACAAAAGUUUUUCAUUGAAAACAUUCCGAGCAAGGGAAUGCAAAAAGAUAGUCCCACAAAGCAAGUUCCCCCACAAAUGAAAACUUUAACUACUUGCACAAAGUAUAUCUGUAGUAUCUAAUCUGAACAAUUGAUGAUUAAGCCGAAACCAUUGACAUAGCUCUUAAGGAGUGUUUUUUAACCUGACCAUUGACUCGAUUAACUCGAUUUUAUUUCGUACUAUAAAAACUGUAAACGCUUAAAAUUU